UUUACCGUGUGUUUCGGACGUGUCGAACGGUCCGUGCGUGGCGUUUUGAUCCCGAAUAGUGACUAUUAGGAGGGCAGUAGAAAAGAAAUAUUAGUGCAUAAAUAGCAUGAUAUUAUAAGCGUGAAUAAAAAAAAUUCAGGCCUAGCGAAAAACAAAAUUUGCUAUCAUAUCUGGCCAAAAGCAAAUGGAAGUAAAUUGGCAGAGAUUCAACGAGGGCAGGCAAACAUUAUAAUCCACCGAGAGGGUGAAAACAGACCGAAGGGUGCGAGUUGAGUGUGUGUAGAGGGGAAAAAUCAAUCGCGCUGCUAGGAAUGCGCUAAUGUACACCGAAAAAACGGAAGAAAUGUUCGCUGGUGAAGAUGCCAGCCAAAAGUGGGAAUGCCCUCGGCUUGCGGCAGGUGAUGUGCGAGUGCUGAUGAUAGGAUGCUCAUAAUUAUCGGCUCCGGGCAGUGAAUUACGUUUUCAAAAGCCGGAUUUCGGAAGCGGAGGCUGGAAGUAAUCGAUUCGCGCUCGUCGAGUUAAAGUGCUUUGGUGUUAGUGCGGAAGUGAUUUACAGUGACGCAUAGGAUGCCCGCGAGGAUGACGGUCGGACAUUAGGUAAACAUUAGGCACACUUAAGAACAGGUUUUUCUAGCACAGGUGUGGGGGGUGAUUACUAGAGUCAAAGACGGAAUACGAGCAGGGGAGAGCCGAAACCGAAACCGGCUCGGCAAACGGAUUAUGAAAUAUUAAAUUCCCAAAUAAAACCUCUCUCCUCGGUAGGCCCAUUAACUGUGCGGCUGCACAUUCAUACGCAAAUUUACGCUCGGAGCGCCAGUGACCACGACCGCAAUCGGCUGUUGAACCGUGUGCGCUGGCUUCUCGGACCCGAGUGGCAUUCCGAACGUAUUACGUAAUAAAUUUUCGCAUAAAGCACAUAACAAGGAUUAAAUUGGAUUUAUUACCAGUGAAUGAAAAAUAGAUUUAUGCAUAAAAUUGAUUUUUUAUGAUUUUUGCCUCGCUUUGCGGUGCAGUUUCGUGAAGAGAAAAAAAAACCCUAUCGGGAGUUGCAUGCACGUCAUAGAAGGUGAAACUGAACCAAGCACUGUGAAACGCUGCCGGGCGACCCAUGAUAAGCAGUAAUGUGAUAAUCGUAAUUCAAUUAGAUAUUCCUCCGUCGAAUCGUUUCGGAGGAAUCUCCCGUGGCAAGAGGAAGAGAAAACCCUUAUGAAAUAGUGGCACCGUGAUACGAUCAAUUUGGCGAGUGAAAGGAUCCACAAACAUUGUGCGAAAAACGAAACUUGGUAAAUGGGGUGGAAGAGCGAGAAUCACUUUAGUGCUCAUUAGAAGGCGAACGAAGAAAAAGGUUCACGAGCCCACGCUUCCAGCCGAAAGUUCAUUUGUGUUGUGCACCGAAGCGUGUACAGUGAGUGAAAAUCGCAGCCAAAAUAGAAGAAAGAUUCCAAACGAUGUGCUAGAGUAUGGUGUGGUUAACAAGCAGAAUCCCCAGAAUUAGAUGCGAUUAAGUGGAUUGUGGCCAGCUUAGGUCAGACUGGGGGAAAACAACUAUAAACCUAAAAACGAGUGGAGCUCAUAGUGUGACCGCUCUUGGAGUUGUGGUGAAACGGAUUAGUUCUAAGAGUGGUGAUAACCUUCGAAGUGUUUUGAAGUUGGUGAUCAUUGAAAGCAGAAGCUGCAAGUGGUGAGACUGCACCAAUUUGGGCGGGAUUCCGUGAGUUUUAUCCAAGAUACGUCAAAUGAAUGAAAUCGUCAGGAUUAACUGGUUAUAAGCGCAGUUUUUGUCCAGUGCCAAAAGCCAAAAGCCCGUCAGAUUAGCAAACUCGCACAUUCUGCUACCUAUCAGUGAGAGAAACGUUCUCAGCAUGGCACGCCAUUAUCCUCGCAACGAUCCGAAAGCACAAACCCGUCGUAAAACGGCGUCCUCCAUCGAAUCGACCAGCUUGCUACUGGUGGUGUCAAUUCUACUGACCCUGUGCAUUUCCCACACGGGGGCCGAGCGCAGCUGUCCGGCCGUCUGUCAAUGCAAGUGGAAAGGUGGCAAGCAAGCGGUCGAGUGCAUCGACAAGCAGAUGAUCAUCAUCCCGGAACACAUAGAUUACUCCACGCAGGUGCUGGAUAUGUCCGGUAACAACCUCCAGAUCUUGCCCAAGGAAACCUUCAGCCGCGCAAAUUUACUCAACCUGCAGAAGCUGUACCUACGAAACUGUCGCCUGGGGCAGAUAGACGAUGGUGCAUUCGCUGGAUUGACCAAUCUCGUCGAGUUGGAUCUCUCGCUGAACCUGUUGACUGCCAUACCAUCCGCUUCAUUCCUGUACAUUGCGUCUUUGCGGGAUCUCACGCUAGCUCGUAAUCACAUCCAGAAAAUCGAGUCCCACGCCUUCCGAAACGUAACCAGCCUCAACAAGCUGGACCUGUCGUACUGUGGCAUCCAAACCAUCGCACCGCAAGCAUUCGAGGGUCUCAGCUCGCUGCACUCGCUCAAGCUGAACGGCAAUCAGCUGUCCGAAUUACGGCCUAAAACUAUCGAAACUCUCAGCAAACUGCAUGGAGUCGAGCUGCACGAGAAUCCUUGGGUGUGUGAUUGUCGACUACGGGCCACCAAGGUAUGGCUCACCGAUAACAACAUUCCGUACCCGAUCGCGCCUGUCUGUGCUGGAGGCCCGGAGCGAAUAAUCGGAAAAACGUUCGCCGAACUGCACGUGGAUGAUUUCGCGUGUAAACCUGAGAUGUUACCGGUUCGACGCUACAUCCAAGCCUUCACCGGAGAGAACGCCAGCAUCGAGUGUAGAACCAGCGCCGUUCCGUCAGCUAUCGUAAACUGGUACUGGAACGGAAAGCUGCUAGCCAAUAACUCUCAGUUCAGUUCCUACCAACGAGUAUACGUAUACGAACAGGGCAACUUCGAAAAGCGCAGCCGACUGGUCCUGACGAAUGCCCAGGAUACGGACUCGAACGAGUUCUACUGCGUGGUAGAAAACCGGGCCGGAACGGCCGAAGCAAACUUCACGCUUCACGUCGUAAUGCGGGACAUAGGAUUCGCGAUCGAGAACAAACAGAUCAUCGGCCUGAGUGCCGCACUAGUAAUACUGAUACUGUUCAUACUGCUAAUCAUCCUAUUCCUGCUGGUCCGGUUGCGUCGGAUACCGAUGACAGAGACAAAAACACCCGGCCAAGUCGAGGUUAUCACCUCCGUAAGUCCCUCUAGUAAUGUAAAUGGCAAGGUGAGCACACCCAUUAAUGAUGUCCAUUCUCCAGAUCGAAAAAACUCCGGCGAUCUAAAGAGCGCCAAUCCGGUGCAGAAACCGCCCCGGUUAACCGAUUUACCGUAUUCGACGUCCCACUAUGAUGCCGGCGGCAGUUUGAUCGCAUCCGGCAACUGUUUCGUGUCGCCUACGCAUUCGUCCUCUGGUAACAACCCAGAUCUGAUCAACGAUACGAAACGCCUCGGCAGCAUUAACGAUCUGGCCGGCGGUGGCUGCGGACCGGGUAUGAUCGAUAGCAAUACCGGGGGCAAUACGUUGUCCGCAAACGUUGCAAACGCGUUGAAUACGCUCUCGCUGAUGGAUCCCAUCGAACGGCCGGGAAGCGGUGAAUAUAGCCGAGCGGGCUGUGAUUCACUGUAUCCUUCUGGUCUGUGGGAAACACACAGCUCCAAUCUCACAUCGGCCCUAGAACAGACGACCGAUAUGCUGUUGACGCGAACUCCGACUGCCACGAUCGCCAGUGGAGGUUACACAACGUACUCCGACAAGAUGCCGAUCAUCGGUGCAAACAACAAUAUGAUGAAUUUAGACGACGAAGCGUCCUCCGUCGACUAUCAUAGUCGAACCUUUCCUCGGACACACUUCGGCGGCAGUGGAACGCUAACUGCGGCCGGCUGCGGUGGGGGCAACGGCAGCAGCAGUGGUUCCAGUGUGGUAGGAGCGGUCGGUGGAACUAUCUCAGCUGCGACCGCCGGUGGCGCUGGUGGCUAUCCCUCCGAUUAUGGGCUGCCAAUCGUGCCCGGGGCGGAACAGCUGCACAACAAACUCAGCAGUAUACAGCCGGUACAUCAUGGCAGCACCGGAAGCAUGCCGAUGAACGCCAAGACCCUGCGGGUGUGGCAGAAAGGUGGCGUACCUGUGCUGCCUCCAGUGACGGCCUUGAAACGUGCAUUAUCCAACAGCCGAAACUCCCCGGACGAGGGUUACCAGGAAGGAUGCGGUACUGACGUGUAGUAAAUUUUUUAAAGUUUCUGUUUGUAAGUGUGUAGAGUUUUCUUGUACAAGUUCGAAUGCGAGCGGCCGUAAGUGAGAACAGGAGAGUUUGUCUUUAUUUUGUAUACAUUUAUAAGAGUUGUUUGAACGCAUUUCGUUUCCUGGUUAGCACGGAAAGUUUUCUCUAAAGUUUUCCUUAUCGGGGGAUUGUCGACUGAAAAUUAAAACUAAACAAGUAAAAUGAGAAAAGUAAAAGGAACAGAUAGUUUGCCGAUAUGCGGGAAAAGUUAUUGCUGUGUUCUGUCGACUGUAAGUCGAGGAAGGGAUGAGGGUACGUAACAAAAAAUAAAAACACGAGAAAGUAAUCCUUUUUGAAAUGAAAAAGACUUGACAGUUAAUUUAUAAAAAUGGUAACAUAGGUGUACAGAAUCUAAAACAAGAAACUAGUACAUAAAUAUAGCGAUGAAAUCAAUUAUAUAUAUA